UGGAGAAGUGACAGCCUGUGGUGCAUCUGGGAGCCGGAGAGACAGCUGCCCAGGGGAUGGUGAGCGCCCAGGCCGCGGGGAGACACAGCGAGCCCCCCGAUAAGUGGUCAGAAAUGGAAGACAAGCUGUGGAUCCUGCAGGAUCUGAACAUGCUGUACAUCCGACAGAUCGCCCGGAGCCUGCAGGACACAGACAUCCAGAAGCGGAUAGACCACGAGGUGCGCAUGCGCGAGGGAGCCGUCAAGUUACUGGGGGCCUGUACCCAGAAGGAGCAGGCCCUGGAAGCCGCCAAGAACCUCCUCGUCUGCAACAGCCGCAUCAUGACCUACAUGCAGGAACUGCAGCAGCGCAAGGAGGCGCAGGUCAUGCAGCGCAGACCGUCGGAUAGAGGCGGCAUAGAGGACCGGCAGCCGUGCAAAGGAAAGCUCUGCAUCUCGGACCUGCGGAUCCCUCUCAUGUGGAAGGACAGCGAAUAUUUCAAAAAUAAAGGAGAGCUGCACCGCUGCGCGGUGUUCUGCGCUCUGCAGUUGCGGGGGGAGUUGUACGACACGGACAUGGUUUUCGUGGAUCGGACGUCCACCGAUAUCUGCUUCGAGAGCGCCGUUGUGUUCUCGGACGUGGACCCCGGCUUCGUGCUGAAGCUGCAGUUAUAUAGCUGCGCAGUGGACGAGGACUUCUCUCUCUCUGGGACCCCCAGAAAAUUGGCCACGAAACUGAGCAGCUCCCUGGGGCGCUCGUCGGGGCGCAGGGUCCAGGCCACCUUCGAUGCAGCUUCCGGGGCCCCUAUCCUGCUCCCGGCCCCCAGCGCACCGGGCCCCAAGUUCCAGCUCCUGGCCCACACGGAGCUCACCCUCAGCCACGUGCAGGACGGCUUCAGGACACACGACUUCACCAUUAAUAGCACAGAGGAGAGUCCCUGCUGGCUCCCGCUGUAUGGGAGCGUCUGCUGUCGUCUCACGGCCCAGCCGGACUGCAUGAACCAGGAGGUGGCGUCAGGAACCCUGCAGAUCCAGGCCAGGGAGCAGGAGAGCUGGCAGCGCAUGUUCUGCACACUGCGGGGAUGUCAGUUGUUGUGUUACCAGCAGCGCGGGGAUGCGGAUUCAGCUGCCGAGCCAAAGCUCACUAUAUCUGUCAGUAAGGAGACGCGGAUCCGCGCCUCAGAGCAGGUGCACAGCCUGUCCGUCACCAACCGGUACGGGUGCGAGGAGGUGACGCACACCCUGCGCGCCGAGGGGCUGGACGACCUGCGCCGCUGGAUGGAGGCUUUCUGGCAGCACUUCUACGACAUGAGUCAGUGGAAGCAGUGCUGUGACGACCUGAUGAAAAUAGAAACUCCUUCCCCCAAAAGACCACCAGCAACCCUCAGCAAGCAGGGCUCCCUGUACCACGAGAUGGCUAUUGAGGGCCCGGGGCCCAUCCCCGACCUCCUGUCCCAGAGGAUGAAGGAAUUUGAGCUUCGCAGAGGCCUGGAGCCACCACCUUGGACCUCUUUCUUCCAAAGCCCCACGGCCGCCCUCCCAUCCUGCUCUUCCUCCUCGGACUGUGACAGCCCCCCAGCCAGACCCUCCCGCCUCCGACCCCGGACCCUGUCUCUCGACGCCAAGCUGACGUCACUCAAACAGCGGGGUCUUGGAACGUCCGGUGGGACCCCAGGGGCCAACAGACUGGAAAGCCCACACAUGGGGGUCAGGGAUUCCAGCAGUAGCGGGAGCAGCACCCCUGACUCUGAGAGGGGGUCCCAGAACCGCAAGAGCAACAGGAACCUGAAAGCCAAACUGGACCCAAGAAACUGGCUCCAGAACCAAGUAUGACCCCAGCACAGAAACUGGCAGGAAGUGAUGUCAUUUCUUCAAAAUGGCUGCUCACAGUGUGAGGCUUCAGCCCAUUGGUCAGUUUGUUAUUAUGUGAGGCCAUUGGCUGCGCAGUUUUGGAUUAGACAUGAUGAGAGGGGGGGGGGGCGCCAAUCAAACUGCUAUACGCA